GUCCCCCCGCACCCGGCGCGGUGCCCAUGACCGCCCCGUCGGGGCACUGACCGCGCCCGGCCCCGCACGGCCCGCUCCGUUCUUGGCGUGUCCCCUGAAGGGAUGGAGAACUCGUCGGUGGCGUCGGCCUCCUCGGAGGCAGGGAGCAGCCGCUCCCAGGAGAUCGAGGAGCUGGAGCGUUUCAUCGACAGCUACGUCCUGGAGUACCAGGUCCAGGGGCUGCUGACGGACAAAACGGAGGGGGAUGGCGAGAGCGAGAAGACACAGUCCCACGUCUCACAGUGGACGGCGGAUUGUAGCGAGCAGCUCGAUGGCAGCUGUUCCCCAUCCCGAGGGAAGGGCUCGUCAUCUCACGAACACAACCAGAAUGGCAACAAGGAGAGCAACCUUGACAUGCUGGGCACAGACAUCUGGGCUGCCAACACCUUUGACUCCUUCAGUGGUGCGACGUGGGACUUGCAGCCUGAAAAACUAGAUUUCACCCAAUUUCACAGGAAGCUGAGAAACACCUCCAAACACCCGUUGCCUCACAUAGACAGAGAAGGGCUUGGAAAAGGGAAAUACGAGGAUGGUGACAGCAUCAACUUGAACGACAUAGAGAAAGUCCUCCCAGUGUGGCAGGGUUACCAUCCGUUGCCUCAUGAAGCUGAAAUCGCACACACCAAAAAGCUGUUCAGAAGGAGGAGAAACGACCGGAGGCGACAGCAGAGACUUCCCAGUGGGAACAAGUCUCAGCAGCACGCGGAUCAUCAGCAAGGUGGCACCAAACAUAACAGGGACCACCAGAAAGUCUACCAAGGAGGCCAGGCCCCCCACUCCUCAGGCAGGACGGGCCACCACGGCUACAGCCAGAACCGGAGAUGGCACCACAACCAGAAGCACUCGCCCAACGACAAAGAAACGCACAGAAACGCCAAAGAGACUGAGAAUCUGAAAAUCGAGGACACCUCCACCUGCACGGUGCACAUCCCCACGGAGGCACCCCGAGGCCCAGAGGCUGUGGAGAAGCAGCCUCAGCAGUACACCCCGGAAUCGGAGACCAAGCGGAAGGACAGUAUUCACGAGCGCAUCGGGGAAAGGCCCAAGAUCAAUCUGCUCCAGUCUUCCAAAGACAGGCUGCGGAGGAGACUAAAAGAAAAGACGCCUUGUCUUUCCCUUUUCACGGACCAGGACGAAGUUACGGUGGAAACCACCGACCCUGAAAAGAAUAAAAUGGACAAACUAAUUGAAAUUCUCAACAGCAUGAGGAACAACAGCAGUGAUGUUGACUCCAAGCUCACCACAUUCAUGGAGGAGGCCCAGAACUCCACCAACUCUGAGGAGAUGUUGGGUGAGAUAGUCAAGACCAUCUACCAGAAAGCGGUGACGGACCGCAGCUUUGCUUCCACAGCAGCCAAGCUCUGUGACAAAAUGGCCCUUUUCAUGGUGGAAGGAACCAAGUUCCGGAGUCUGCUCCUCAAUAUGUUGCAGAAGGAUUUCACCAUGCGGGAGGAGCUGCAGCAGCGGGACGUGGAGCGCUGGCUGGGCUUCAUCACCUUCCUCUGUGAAGUCUUCGGGACCAUGAGGAGCAGCACUGGAGAGCCCUUUCGAGUCCUGGUCUGCCCCAUCUACACCUGCCUCAGGGAGUUGUUGCAAUCUCAGGAUGUGAAGGAAGACGCCGUGCUCUGCUGCUCCAUGGAGCUGCAGAGCACUGGCCGGCUGCUGGAGGAGCAGCUGCCCGAGAUGAUGACGGAGCUGUUGGCGAUUGCACGCGACAAGAUGCUGUGCCCCUCCGAGUCCAUGCUGACGAGGUCCCUGCUGCUGGAGGUCAUCGAGCUGCACGCCAACAACUGGAACCCCCUGACACCCACCAUCACGCAGUACUACAACAAGACCAUCCAAAAACUGACGGCUUGAGGGGCAGGGCGAGGUGGGGUGGGAAGGGACGAGGAGAAGACACGCGCCUCGAUGGGAUCCGGCAAAAGCUUUUCUGAUUUAAACCCCCCCAGCAGACCAAACCCCAGCAUGCUCGAGAAUACGUUCGUGGGGUGGGGAGGGAGAAGCAUGUUUCUUUUUCAGCCGCUCCGCCAAGUGCCACCCCUCCUCCCCGCCGUGGUUUUGUUUUAGGGGUUUCUUUUCUGAACUCAUUGCUCAAGCGGCAGCAGCGCAUCCCGCCGGGUUAUUGUUUGGCUUUCGAAAGAAGACACAGAAUUUGGAAAAGGAAAAAAAAAAAAUAUAUAAUCCAAGUGGGGGCUAGCAUUGUUUUCACGCCGUCCUCCUGCCUUGCCCUGGCCAACUGGCAGGAGACAGCAAGCAGCAGAUGUCUCGGGAGGACAAAGCCAGACACACACUACACCAGACGCUCAUAAUUGAUGGCUUUUGUCGAGCAGGGCUUGCGUUAGGUUACCCCCCUCCUUCUCUUGUUUUCGACUUUCUGUGUGUCCCCCCACCUACCCGCCACCCCUUUGAGAGCAGAUCGGAGAGCGGGACGACUUUCUUAUUUGCACUGGCUUUUCUUUUUCUCGAGCAUUUGUAAUUUCUUCUUAUUUUAUUGUAUCGUCGAACGGACAAUUGCAAGCAGCUCGGAGGCGCAUCGAGCAAUGCCUUCCCACAAGCUGGCUAAUGGUUUAUGUGAAGAUGCUGAAGCAGAAGGAGUGUUUUAAAUGAGUCCAAAAGCCACUGCAGAAGUUACAUAGCCACUGUCAUCUUGCCAGUAACCUCUUUGGUGGAUUGAGAAACAUGUUCUCUGAGCUGGGGGCUCUAAAAAAAGGGGAUUCUGCGGCUCUUGCUGUUCAAGUUGCCGUUAUUCCUCAGCCACUAUAACCCUUUUUUUUUUGUAAUACUUUUUUUUUUCCAUUGAAGGAGUGCUUUAUUGUAAUUACUGUCACGGUUGUAAUUAUGCAUUUAAAUCCAGGCCUGUUAUAGUUGGGCCUAAUGAUGUACAGGACGAGGGAGAAAUGAAGGUUUGAUGUUCUUCUUUGGAGACUGGUCAAAGAGAAGACAAACAAUGUAUGGCAAAACAAAAGAGUGAAAAAAGAAGACGAAAAAAAUAGAUAAAGCCAAAAAUAGAGGUUUUGAGCCUGGCUUCUAACUAGCUGAAUAUGUUAUCCAGUGUUUCUAGGUGUGCAGUGUGCAGGAGAAGCUGUGUCCCGUGGUCGGUGUAAGUGGCACCAUGUCAUUGAGGGAUGGGUGACUGAUUUUCAGAGAGGCAGAGUUUUCUCGGGGAUCCCCAGGUUGCUCCAGGAUCCUCUCGUUGCUCCGUGCUGGAGCAUCCCAAUGGAGAGGGUGGCUGCAGGGGACCAUGUUGAGAUGCCACCUGGAUGAGGAAAUGCCCAGAGGAUGAGGAGGCUGGUCCGGAGGAACACCACGCCGUUGCAUCGCUCCCCAAAUUGUGAAGAAGAUUUGAUCGUCUCCUUAUUUGUUCAUCUGUCAACACUUUGACUUACUAAAUCCCUCCAGGUGCUUAUUUUAGUGAAGCCUAAUGAGGGUGCAAGCUGCCCCGUCCCAUCUGCACAGCAGAUGAGGAGCCAAGGAAGGCACGAUGCCGGCAGCCCAUCCUGUUUUUUCCCAUUAUUCAAUUUACUUUCCUUUACUGUGAUAAGAGAAUUCAUGCUGCGAUGACGGCGCACUUGGACCCCGGACCAGGCAGGCUGGAUCUGAACACAGCAGCUCAAACCCAUUUUUCCAAGGAAGAUGUUGAAUUUCUGGUGGCUUGUAGAGAAGAGAGAUUUCACCCCGACCUCUUUGGAUGUGCAGUAUGUUCUUGGGUGCCUUAUGAAUGUGUUGGUCUGUACGUGAUGGGGAGGAAGCUUUUGCUGCAAAAUUUAAAGGGCAGAAGUUUUCAGCAGAAAAUGCAUUGCAAGAGGCGGGAGUCAUGAUGCUGGAGUUCAAAAUUAUUUGGAUUCUCGUCUGAUUGUCUGCUGAUCCAGUUUUUAUUCCACACAUAGAGCAAGAGGAGCAAGCUGAAAACGGGAGCUUCAGUUUUCCUGUCUGCUCAGAAAGCAGCAAAAUGAUUUCUGAGUGCACCGGAAGUGUCUGGAAAAAUGAAUUUUUACUUCAUGGAUUUGAACCCAGGAACUUUGCGUGGUGACAACGCCUUGCGUUGGGUCAGCUUCAUUAGUAGCAAUGGGGUUUGAGAGUAUUAAUGAGCAGAUGAACUUCAUUAAGGCAGCAAAGCCCAUCAGUAUUACAAGGCUCAGGGUUGUGCCCAUUGCUCUUUGUUUUUUCCUGCUCCCUGAGUUCUCAGGGAGUGGAGUAGAAGGGGAUAUAACACCCAUCGCAGUGCGCUCAGGCACAGCAUCAGUCUUCUGGGAGAAGACCUGAAAACCAGUUUUGUCUUCAUUUUUUUUUUUUAUUUUUUACGGAGCAGAAAAGUCCUAUAACAGGGACGCAGCCUGAUGGGUCGGGGUGCCAGGGAUCCUGCCAGCAGCGAUCCAGACCACCACUCCGGCCCCUGCAGCUUCUCACAUCCCCUAGAAUUUUUUCUUGGGAUGUAGCGAAAGAAAAAAAAAAAAAAAAAAAAAUCCAGAGACUUGGGGAUUUUGUUUCUAAAAACUUGAAUUUUCAUCAGUGCAUCAGGAGGCAUUCAGAGUCAAAGUGUAAGCCACAAGGCAGUAUUUCUGCUAAAGCGUUUCCCUACCCCUGCCUGCUGUGAGGGUUUAUUCAAUUUUCCCAUUGCAGGGCAAUCCUGCAACCCCCACUGGCCAGGCUUGGCCCAUGACUUUCCCUUCCAACACUGGGAUUUUUCCCAACGAAGAACUUUUAUGUGGAGUCUGUUUGGUUUUGGUGUCUUGCCAUUUAUCUCUGCUAUUAACAUGGGUUCGUCCAGCCAUUAACUGCUUUGGUACAUCAGUCACUCUGUUGGAUAUCCGAGAAUAAAAGUGUUGACCAAAAAUGGGUUUUUUUUCCCCAAAAUUACAUGCUGCCAAUAGUAUCUUUCUGAAGGCCGUCUGUAGGAAGCCGGCAGUCACGUGGCAUCAUGCACCAGGGUACCGUGUUGGGAGAAGAGGCACCAUGAGGACAUUUGAUGAGGAGCAAUGCUGGGGAAUUUUUUGGGGAUGCCUGGUGAGCACCUGGGGAUCCUAGAGUGUUUUCUUCUCUUUUUUUUUUCCUUGUUUGUCUUUGUGUAGAAACAGUCGCCAAAGAGCGUAAUUCUCUCCAAUGUGUAUUUUUAGAUGCAAAGCCACCAGCUAUGUCUCCCCAGAUUAGCCAGAUUCCAUCUUUGCUGCUCAGUAAAAAUCAUCUGUGUGGGGUUUUGCUACGUUGUCCCCAUGUGACUACAUCAGCAAAGGGGGAAAAUAACCUCCUGGGGCCAAAUAUGUGUGGGGCCAAACCUCGGACUGGUGCAAGAGCGAGGGGCUGAAGCCUCUGCGAGGAGUGAUGCUCCAUACCAUGACCAUGCCCCUUUCCCUCGGAUGCAGGGCAGGUUUUCUGGCUCCCUGCCAGAUUCCCCAGCAUCUCAUUCACCUCAUUCCUGGUGAAAUUCUUUCCCAAACUUAUGGGUUUUGCUACCCACAAAGUGACUUGCUUGGUUUCCCCAUGAGAGAUUUCACCCUUGUUUGGAGAAGUCUCAUGUAUAGGGAGGUGAAACAGAAGUGGGGGAAAAGAAAGGAAAAGUAAGUGAUUUGCUUGGUUCCCCCCUUCCCUUGAAGGAGAUUAAUUAGUAUCUAUUCUUAGCAUGAUUGAUGGCUUUGAAAGAAAACUUGUCAGAAUAACUUAUGAUUUAUUUUCAUGCUUAUUUUUAUAACAUCCCUCACUUGGAAAUCACUCAAAAUCUUAAAUAUGAUUUUUUUUUUUUUUUUUAUUUCCCUGCUGGGUAUUUUAUGGCUUUACACUAAUUUUACUCUUCUUGGCGUUAGCUAUUAGACAGUCACGGUGAUAUUUUCAGUAUUCUUUCAGGAGAAAUUAUAUUAAGGGUUGCAAAGUCCACUGUCAAUAACCAGGGGAGCUGCGGUGUCCUGCAGAACACAGAGUUAACGCUAGCAAUUUUUUUUUUUAAUGUAUUUAUUUGCAUUUGAAAAAGCAACAUUUUUAAUUUAAUCAUAUUUGUUAAACUAAGCGCUUUAAGAAAAAAAAUUUUUUAAAAAUUUAAAAAAAAAGCAAAAAGGUUUUGGGGAGAAUAAAGACUAGAUAUUCAUACUAGAGAAAUCACAAACUCAUCGUUGUCAGCAUUUCAGAGACUGUUAAAACAAGGGAGCUAAUCACUCUUUGUGGCAAUUCAGUCUUUGUUUAUAGAACAUCCAGACCCACUGUAUGCUAUAAAAUGCAUCAUCUGAGUAAUAAAUGUUUUAAGCUUGA